AGACUCAUUCUGGUGGCUGUGUUGAGGAAGGGCCGAGAAGAGAUUGCAGGGGGUCAAAGGCAGACACAGGGCCACUAUGAGAAGGUGACACAGUCACACUGGUGGCUGGCCCAGGUGGCAGCAGUGCAGAUCACGUCUAUGGAGAGCAACUUGAAGACCAUAGAGGAGGAGAACAAGCUCAUAGAACAGAACAACGAGAGUCUGCUGAAGGAGCUGGCCGGCCUGAGCCAGGCCCUCAUCUCCAGCCUCGCCGACAUUCAGCUUCCGCAGAUGGGACCUAUCAGUGAGCAGAAUUUUGAAGCAUAUGUAAAUACACUCACAGACAUGUACAGCAACCUGGAACGGGACUAUUCCCCGGAAUGCAAAGCUCUCCUGGAAAGUAUCAAGCAGGCAGUGAAGGGCAUCCACGUGUAGGAAGCAGCGCUGCCGGGCACCAGGAAUCGGCAACAGCAGUAAACUCCGGAUGGACCUGUGAGGGGUUCACACGCUGCUGAGGCGUAGAGGAGGCCGUGCUGCAUUUACAAUUGCAACGUUGCACUAAUUUCCCCAGCUGA